AUGAAUUUACAGACUCAAAUGGCAGGACAAUUCUCAAGGCAAGUUUCCAAUCAAGCUGGAACUUCAUUGCCUGCAAUACCACACCAACAGAAUAUGAUUCAGAACUCUGAAGGUUCCCAUGCUUCACUAAUCAUGGAACCUGGUUUUGAUAAAGCUCGAAGAUUCAUACAAGAUAGAAUCUAUGAGUUCCUAAUGCAAAGGCAACAAACUCGGGAGAUAGCUCCAAAGAAUGUUCUUGAUAUUGUUAGACGAUUGGAGGAAGGCUUAUUCAAAACUGCUACAACAAAGGAGGAAUAUAUGAGUUUAGAUACAUUGGAGACUCGUUUACAUAACCUGAUAAGACGCCCCACACAACGAUAUCAGCAACAAAAUAAUGCUUCUGGAAUGGGAACAAUGAUUCCAACUCCUGGUGUCCCUCAAAGUGGGAAUAUGAUUCCAUCAUCUACUGAUGUCAUGGUGUCAUCAUCAGCUGUAAAUCCAGGAAGCUUUUCCAUGAACAGCCAAAUGAUGCCUACUCCUGGAUUUAAUAAUACUAAUAAUACCACAAAUAAUGUUUCUAUGCUUUCAAAUGUUGACUCAACAAUGGUGAGUCAACCACAGCAACAAAAGCAACAAGUUGGUGGUCAAAACAGUCGGAUCUUGCAUAGUUUAGGGAGUCAUAUGGGAGGGGGAAUCAGGUCUACAUUGAAUCAAAAAACCUACGGGUUUCAAAACGGGUCAUUAAACAGUAACAAUCUAGGGAUGAUGGGUAAAAGUCAACAGAUGGUCAACAGUUUGGGAACAUCCGAAGGGUUUUUGACAGAUUACGGAAACGCCCCUAAACCAGUUCCAGUUCCUCAAUACUUUGAUCAACAUCAAGGACAGAUGGUGAAUGAUGGAUCAGGUAAUUUUUAUGUCCCCGCCACGUCAGCUUCAUCAAUGAUGAACAUGAACACGAACACGAACACGAACACGAACACGGUAAAUUUAUCAGCGUUACAAAAGACAAAUUCGCCCUUGGUGGUCAACCAGUCAACCGACCAUCAGCCUGCAAACAUGAAUCAAUCUGAAGAGAUGGACUUCAGGAACACCAUGCAUUCACAACAGCCUCUUCACUUUCAGCAACAAGUUAUUCAACCUCAAAGACAACAAAAACAACAGAAUCAGCGAUUCCAAUAUGGGCAGAAUCAGAAUCAGAAUCAAGUAAUCUCCGAUAUGGGAAAUCGAAUAAAGUCCGAGCCUGGAACGGAAUCAUUACAGCCACCACAAGUCUAUGAACAAUUCCAGUCAUCUAUCUCUCAAGAUACACGUUUACCACUGCCCGAAACUUCCGGGCAGCAACAACAGCCUAACUUUGGAGGUCAACAAGAGGCAGGUCAAUGGCAGUCAAGAUCUCAAGGUGUUCUGUCAAAUGAGGUGAAAAGACCAAUAGACCCUCCAGAUACUACACCUGUAUCUAGAUCUGGUAAUUUAGACCGUGAAUUACAAUUCAAGAAUCAAAAAAGGUGGUUGUUGUUCUUGAUGCAUGCCCGAAAAUGCCCUCAUCCGCCCGGAAGUUGCCCGGAAUCGAAUUGCCUUACUGCUCAAAAGCUGUUGAAUCAUAUUUCAACAUGUAUGGAUGUAAAUCAAUGUACAUAUCCUCGUUGUCAUAGGACAAAACGAUUACUCCAUCAUCAUAGAAAGUGUAGGGAUGAAACAUGUCCUGUUUGUGUCCCUGUGAAGCUCUUUGUACAACAGAAGGGCGUACAGGGGCAAAAUAGUAAAAACAUGAAUUCAUCUGUUGUUCAAACUUCAGAAGAUUUACAUCCGUCCAUGAAACGGAUGAAGAUUGAGCAACAGCCAUGUCAGUCGCCAGCUGGACAAACCGAAAACCAGGUAACAUCAUCGGGUCCCACUCCCAUCACUACCAGUACAUCUGAAGUUUUACAGGACGUAAAGCGGGUCCCACCUCAAGAGGUUACCGUGGUGAAAAUGGAAGUUCCUGUAACUUCUGUUCAAGAAAGUCUUAAGAUCACUACCGAUGUUGCUUCUGUUAUGUUAAAUGAUGCGGGCCCGGCCAAACAAGAAAAUGAUGAAAUCGCCCCUGGAACGAAAUCCGGGAAGCCAAAAAUAAAAGGGGUAUCGAUGACGGAAUUGUUUACACCAGAGCAGGUUCGGGAGCAUAUAACCGGUCUCAGGCAGUGGGUUGGCCAGAGUAAAGCGAAGGUAGAAAAGAAUCAAGCAAUGGAGCUAUCAAUGAAUGAAAAUUCAUGUCAGUUAUGUGCGGUUGAAAAGCUAAAUUUUGAACCACCUCCUAUAUAUUGUUCACCAUGUGGGGCCCGCAUAAAAAGAAACGCAAUGUUUUACACAAUUGGAAGUGGUGAUACACGUCACUAUUUUUGUAUACCCUGUUAUAAUGAAGCACGUGGGGACACUGUAAGUGUUGAUGGAACUAAUAUCUUGAAAGCAAGGUUAGAAAAAAAGAAGAAUGAUGAGGAGACUGAAGAACCGUGGGUUCAAUGUGACAAAUGUGAAGCGUGGCAACAUCAAAUAUGUGCUUUAUUUAAUGGAAGAAGAAAUGAUGGGGGACAAGCGGAAUACACGUGUCCAAAUUGUUAUAUGGAAGAAGUUGAGAAUGGGGAGCGGGUCCCACUACCUCAAAGUGCACUUCUUGGAGCAAAAGAUUUGCCAAGAACUAUUCUUAGUGAUCAUAUUGAGAACCGAUUGUUUAAGAGAUUGAAGCAGGAAAGACUAGAUAGGGCCAGGUUUCAUGGGAAAAGUUAUGAUGAGGUUCCUGGAGCAGAAUCACUUGUUGUGAGAGUUGUUUCAUCUGUCGACAAAAAAUUAGAAGUGAAACCAAGGUUUCUUGAGAUCUUUCAAGAGGAAAAUUACCCUUCGGAAUUCGCAUAUAAAUCUAAGGUGGUAUUAUUAUUUCAAAAAAUCGAAGGGGUAGAAGUGUGUUUAUUUGGGAUGUAUGUACAAGAAUUUGGAGCAGAAUGUGAACAACCAAAUCAUCGACGUGUUUAUCUGUCUUAUUUGGAUUCAGUCAAAUACUUUAGACCCGAAAUAAGAACAGUAACAGGGGAAGCCUUACGUACAUUUGUAUAUCAUGAAAUUUUAAUCGGUUAUUUAGAAUACUGCAAAUUACGUGGUUUCACAAGUUGCUACAUUUGGGCAUGUCCUCCAUUAAAGGGUGAAGAUUAUAUCUUAUAUUGUCAUCCAGAAAUCCAAAAAACACCAAAAUCCGAUAAACUAAGGGAAUGGUAUUUGUCGAUGUUGAGAAAGGCUACAAAGGAGAAUAUUGUGGUGGAUCUUACGAAUUUAUAUGAUCAUUUUUUUGUGUCUUCUGGUGAAUGUAAAGCUAAAGUUACUGCAGCUCGUUUGCCUUAUUUUGAUGGUGAUUAUUGGCCUGGAGCUGCUGAAGAUAUUAUUUACCAGCUUAGACAAGAAGAAGAAGGAAGGAAAUUAAAUAAAAAAGGUGCAAUGAAAAGAACUAUAACAAAAAGAGCUUUGAAAGCUUCCGGUCAAAUGGAUCUUUCUGGAAACGCUUCAAAAGAUCUCCUUCUCAUGCAUAGGCUUGGUGAAACCAUAUCCCCAAUGAAGGAAGAUUUCAUAAUGGUUCACUUACAGCAUGCAUGCACUCAUUGCUGUCUCCUUAUGGUCUCUGGAACACGUUGGGUUUGCAACAAUUGCAAAAAUUUCCAGCUUUGCAACAGUUGUUAUGAGAUUGAACAAAAUAUUGAAGAGAGAGAAAAACAUCCUAUUAACCAAAGGGUCAAACAUCCACUUUAUCCUGUUGAGAUUAAGGAUGUGGCUACAGAUACAAAGGAUAAAGAUGAGAUUCUUGAGAGUGAAUUUUUUGAUACGAGACAAGCGUUUCUGAGUCUAUGCCAAGGAAACCAUUAUCAAUAUGACACGUUAAGACGUGCUAAACAUUCUUCAAUGAUGGCAUUGUAUCAUCUCCACAAUCCAACAGCUCCUGCUUUUGUGAUCACAUGUGUUGCAUGUCGGUUGGAUAUAGAAACCGGGCAGGGUUGGAGGUGUGAGAUCUGCCCGGAUUAUGAUUUGUGUAAUGCGUGUUAUAGAAAAGAUAGAGGAAUCGAUCAUCCUCAUAAGUUGACACAUCAUCCUUCCAUUGCUGAACGUGAUGCACAAAAUAAAGAAGCCCGACAACUACGGGUUGUCCAGCUUCGGAAAAUGCUUGAUCUUUUGGUGCAUGCGGCUCAAUGUCGGGCACAGUUAUGUCAGUAUCCAAAUUGUAGGAAGGUGAAGGGGCUUUUCAGACAUGGAAUGCAUUGCAAAGUACGUGCAUCUGGUGGUUGUCUUCUUUGCAAGAAAAUGUGGCAUCUUCUUCAGCUUCAUGCCAGAGCUUGUAAAGACACUCCAUGCAAUGUCCCCCGUUGCAGAGACUUAAGGGAACAUUUGAGAAGGCUGAAUCAACAGGCGGACAGUAGGAGGAGGGCGGCGGUUAUGGAGAUGAUGAGGCAGCGUGCGGCGGAGGUUGCUGGCGGCAGUGGGUGAUGGAUGGAUGGAUGAGUCAUCAAACUGUAAAUAUAACAACAACAUAUUUGGAUCAGUCAGGGUCUCAAUGUACAGUUUUGGUUGUUUUGCUUUGCUUGAUUGGAUCAAAGUUCAAGUAUAAUUUUGGCUGCUGAAAAGAGUACGUAGUCACAGACAAGACUAUUUCUUCAAGGUUUCAGCAACUUAAUUUAGGAUUUUUUUUAUGGAGAAUAAGAAACAUCAAAGAAACUUUUUUUUUUUUUUUGUUCCUUCCUUGGGUUUUGUUAGGUCGUGC